CAGCCUUCGGUCUCCGCCGCUCGUCCUCGCCUGCGCGGUGCACCUUGCUCGGCUUCCGCCGCACCUGCAGGAGGAUGCUGGGACGCUUCCGAAGGGAGGACCAACUGGUGGAGGAUGGAUGACUCGCCGCAGAGAGGUUUCCCGUCUGCUUGUGUCGCGCCUCAUCUCGGAUUCCCAUCGCCUUCCGGGUAGGAGCUCCAUGCCCCGCUUCGUGUACCGCUAUCAUCAUGUCCCCAGCUUCGGCUGCUUCGGUCCUUGAAGGCACCAUCGUCCCCGAGGAGGAGGAGGUGCCGGACAGCCCCAGAGCUGAGCAGUGGCCUCAGAAGCAGUCCCUGAUCAAGUCUCUGUGUCAGGAGACACACUGGAAAUGCCUCCUGCUGUCGCUGCUGAUGUACAGCUGCGUCGGCACCGUGGUCUGGUGCCAGGUCGCCACCGUCACGCGACUCUCCUUCGACAGCGCCUACAAGGGCAAGUCCAUGAUGUACCACGACAGCCCGUGCUCCAACAGCUACAUCUACAUCCCCCUGGCUUUCCUGGUCAUGCUCUACGUGGUCUACCUGGUGGAGUGCUGGCACUGCCACGCCCGCAACGAGCUUCAGUACAAGGUGGACGUGGGCAGCGUGACGGAGCGGGUGCAGAGGAUGAUGCAGGCGACGCCGUGCAUCUGGUGGAAAGCCAUCAGCUACCACUACAUCAGGAGGACGCGGCAGGUGACGCGCUACAGGAACGGAGAUGCCUACACCACCACGCAGGUCUACCAUGAGCGAGUCAACACCCACGUGGCUGAGGCUGAGUUUGACUAUGGGAACUGUGGAGUGAAGGACAUCUCCAAGGUCCUGUUGGGCCUGGAGAGCUUCCCAAUAACCCGGCUGAGGUUCACCAAGUGCUUCAGCUUCGCUAAUGUGGAGUCUGAGAACUCCUACCUGACGCAGCGGGCGAGGUUCUUCACAGAGAAUGAGGGACUGGACGACUACAUGGAGGCCCGCGAGGGGAUGCAUCUGAAGAAUGUAGACUUUAAGGAGUACAUGGUUGCCUUUGCACAGCCCAACAACCUCCCCUGGUAUGCCUCGGACUCCACUUUCUGGGCAGCGGCAGCGCUGACACUCUCCUGGCCGCUGCGUGUUUUGAUGGAGUACCGCACUGCCGGCGUCCACUUCCAUGUGGAGAAGCUGUUUGGCUUCGAUUUUGUGCCGACGACACCUUCUGAGGAGCGUCCGUUCUGCAGACACAUUCCACGGGUCAACACCAUCGACAGCACUGAGCUAGAGUGGCACAUCCGCUCCAACCAGCAGCUGGUGCCCAGCUACUCGGAGGCGGUCCUGAUGGACCUGACCCAGCUGUCGGGGAGCAGUAACAACUUCUCCACAAAUGGCGGCUACGGUGGCUACCGUCAGAAUUGCGAGCGCUGCCACCGAGCCAUCAGCAGCUCAUCCAUAUUCUCCCGCAGCGCCCUCAGCAUCUGCAACACGCCCCGCAUCCCCUUCAGCGCCAGCCGCUUCUCCCUGAGCCGGCUGUACGGGUCCCGGCGCAGCUGCCUGUGGAGGAGCAGCGGAAGCCUGAAUGAGACUCGCUGUCCCACAGAGAGCACAAGCUGUCUGUCGAGUCAGCAGGCCAGCGAGGAGAACCCGCCCGCCUACCAGGACGCGCUCUACUUCCCUGUUCUCAUUGUGCACAACAACGAGGGCUGCCUGAACCAUGAUCACCGCUCGCUGCACAGAAACGGCUCGUGCGUGGAAACCUCCUUAUGACACUUUCUGAGCAUCAAACCUUUUCUCUUACUCAGGCUGACCUUUCACUCUCGCACCUGUCAAGUGUUUGGUACUAUCUUUAACAAUUCUGACAUCAGUGAUGUUCUCCCUUCAGAUUGAUGUGACGUGAUACGCUUACACUUGCCAUUUCAAGUUCUGAACAAAUGCUUUUUGAUUUUCUGUGAUAAACAAAUCUGUAGUAUAAUCCAGGCCUGUAAAUGAUUGCUGCUACAGUGGUGAACCAAAACAUGAAAUUCAGACCUAUUGUGAUCCGACUGGUUUCACCUAGCGUUGUCAGGUUAAUCAUUAUUUUAGUCCAGUCCAAAUGUCAGCGAGGCUUUCCCCCGGGUGUCAGGAAAGACCGGUACUUUAACUGUUUGCUUAAGAGUGCAGGCAAAUGACCCCAGACAAUGCAAGUGGAAUUUGAAACCUGCGUUUGCCCCAACCUGAGAUAGUUUCACAGAUAGUUUCCUUCCAUGUGCAUGGACGACCAAAUGGAGCAGGGGACGUUUGUACCCUGUAUCAUUGGGGUGCAGUGCAGUGGCCUGAAUGCAAGGCUUCUUUUGACCGAUACAAAAUCAGGCACAACAUAGGCACCACAGAGAUUGUUAGGGUUACAGCAGUGUUCGAUGGAUCAAGAUGUAGUGACGCUCACACUGGCCGAGUGUCAGUGGAUUGACCCCUCCCACUUUUCACUGACAUUUCUGAUCCAGUCAGAAUCCAUUAAUAUUACUGAGGUCCUCCGAUAGCGUGGUUUGACCCAACGUCCCAAGGUAAAACUCAUUCAAUCAGACUGGUACUUAAGACAUCAAAUGUCCAUAAAACUUAAUUAUGGAUGCAGAAAUUUGACUCUAAAGGAGACUGAUGAUGAAGAAGGACAUCUGCUUUGGGUCAUGCAGGACUAAUGCUAAAGAGUGGAGGUCUGACACUGUCCAAACGCAUCAUGAUAUCUCCGUUUAUCUCAGGAGACUAAAGAUAUAAUGAAACCUCCGCUGAAGUCAUUAGCAAGUUUGUGGAGGGGUUAGCAUGUUGAGCUUGAGGUGGAGCCACUGGGUCAAGAGAGAUGAUGAAAAAACAAUUCACAUACUUCCAUUUAAACUGCCAGUUUAGAAGUCAGAGGCUCAAAAUGGGGAGGUCCGUAUUUAAAAGGAAUUUGAGAUAAACAUCACACGGACUGGACAAACGAAAGAUGGGCUCUAAAAGUGCAAAAAGCAAAGCAGUCCGCAGCAGCCAAACAAACAUCGUCUUUGUUUUCUCUCCAAUUCUAACUGCAAUCUCUCUCCAUAUGACUAGUGCGGCCAAUUCAAUUACUCAUUUCUCUUCAUCAUCUAAUUCAGAUCUUAAAUCGCUGGUUUCCGCCGUCACCACGGCUACUGAUGCUUAUCGAAGAGACAGCCAGAGAGCUGGCCACUGAAAAUAGGCCUGGACUCACUACUGAUACUGUCAGAUUCAAUUACACGACAGGGAGACUUUAAAACUUUCGUGAGCAGAAAUACACAUAUUUUCAAACUGAAUCUGAGUCUUGGGAGACUUCUGCACCGCUUCACAGAAACAUUAAUAAUCACAAUUGUGCUGAACUGUUCCGGGGAACCUUAACUGAAAGACAAUAUUUGUUGAAGUCAGGAGUCUAAUUCGACGCUGAAAUGCCAAACUCAUUACUGUGAGAGACGCCUGUUUACUUUGGAUAAGAGGAAUCACAAAGCAUGCUUGAGCUCAGGAACAUCAGUAACCAAUAAAAGCACAUGUCUCUGUCAUUACGGCCAUUAAAACUCCCAAACCACAGGACUUCCAAGAACCAAGAAUAUUAUAUGGCUGCCUGCGGUCAGAUGCGUCCGGUCCUGAUGAAGCUGUUGAUCAGAGCGACUGGCACAAUGUAUUAGAUUAUGAAUGUGUUUUCAACUGGUUGCCACAUUUAAUGAUACCAGACACCGUUUUAACCCAGUUUGUUGUCGUCAUAGUGAUGUGGGACCAUCUACUUGCUCUUAUUUUAGUAGUCAGGCGGUCGUUGUAGGUCAGAGGUGGGCAGUUAAAUUUCCUAAAGGGCCAUAUUGUAACCUGUGACGGUUGUGAGGGGCCAUCAUGCCAAAAGAAAGGCGGCAAUGUCUUUCAUCGAAUUUCAUUUUGAGGAAAAUACUAAAGUGACAAACAAAAAGAAGAAACAAAGAUUUUUGUCAGGAAUGUGUUGUAUUUACUGUUACUGAAACGGUAUAAAAAAAUGACAAGUUAACAGUUGUAUAGUUUUAGUCUGACCUUAUGAGGCCCGCAAAAACACAGGCAAAGGGCCGCAUAUGGCCCCUGGGCCGUACUUUACACAGGUCUGUCGUAGGAGGACCCUGUGCUGUCCAAGAACUUGCGAGAACCCUGGACUUUUAUGAUUAAUCUUGACAACUACAAAUAUUUUUAAUGCCCUGAAUGGAAAGUCUUCAUAAUGAACGUGGAUGAAUACAUGAAUCAUUGGUCAUAAUCGCCUUCUUUUAAUCUCGGAAUAACAGAGAAGGGUCCAGCUCAGGAUCGGACAUUCCCGUCACGACACAAUAACACAAAUUGGGUGGUUUCCGUCGCGUUUAAUAGACCAGGCACGAAUGGUUUCGCACCAUGAUGUAAUUUCCUCUUCUGGUAUGUUUACUGGGGAAAGCAAAGCGAUCAUUUCAUCACAGAUUACGCGGUAAGUAAGCAUAAUCUAACCUCGUGUUCAUCCUGAGCCCUAACCUAUCUAAGCCUGGAAAUAACCCGGCUGUUAAAACCCAGAUGGGGGCGCUCCAGUCUGCGAUAACAGAAACCCCCGCCGUCGCUCUAAUGACCAUUUGUGGCUACACCUCGAUGAUAGUGAACUAAGUGGAUAAAAACAUCAAAUGAACAGCAAGAAAUGGUGCUAUUUUGGGAACUAGUUUUACGAUUGCUGUCGUGAAAGAUUAACCACUUCCAAAACUGCAGUUUAGUGCCAAGAGCUGCAAGAGAUACGCAGACAGAUUGGUCACUGACAUGUAAAAUAUGUGUUCAUUUUACAUCUUUGCUUCUACAGGCUUGUUUCAUCACCGCUGGUCCAGCAAAGUGCAUCCCGUCUCUUGUAUAAUGUAAGCCCAUCUCUUCUUCUUAUGGAGAGAGAUGCCGAUAACGCUACUCCCACUCUUCUAAAAAGUGACCAGCCAAAGGUUUAGUUUGUGGUCUUGAGUGUCAACACUCUCCUGGCAGCAACUAAUAACCUGCGAGGCGAACUAGACCAAGUUGCUUCUGUGUAUAAACCAAAUCACCACCCAACUAUCUUCACUACUGAGCUCCAUCUUGGAGACGAGAACAUAGAGGUGAUGCACUUAUUUACUGCUGUCAUCUGCUGAUGCAUAGCCACUUGAGUUUGAAAGCAAAACCCUUUACCGUGUGCAGGGUGGACCAGACGUGCUGCCACAGAAUCAUCUGGUCUCUUUGUUGGUGUGUUUUUCAGAUUGACAGGCGGGCAACAGAAUGUAGAUAAACUUGAGAUGAAAAGGUUGACCUCGGAGCCUCCGAUGAAUGUGUCACUCACACUUAAAGGUCACUGCAGACGAGGUCGCUCGAGUCCGGCCGUACAUGAGAGCAGAAGUGCAGUCGUGUUUUUAUUUGUUGCUCUUUGGUGUGUGCGUCUUAUUACAUGGCUAAUAAAGUCACAAACGGCCCAUUGUUGUGUGCAGCACUGGUUUCUGGAAUAAAUCCAACCUGAGAUGUGUCUGAUCUCGUUAAACAAGCGCUUAAUUUGCUGUUGUGUUUGGGGAAAACAAAUCAACGGAUAUCAGAGUUGCGCUCGGUGAUGCUUGGGUUUAAUGGAAGGGUUGAGUCACUGGCAGCCUUAAAUAGCAGCGAGCCGGCACUUUAUUGCAUUAGCCCCUCAGGACGUAACCUUGGCGACACCAACAAAACCCAACGCCAUGUAGCGAUAAUUAAAGUCGCCUAAUAUUGUGUACAUUUUCCCACUUA